CUUUGUUUUGCCUUGUGUAAUCCAAUGUACACACUAAUUUCUUUAAUGUGUGAUACAACAACGUCAUGAGAUUUUUUUCUAUUGUAAGGCCUUCCGUUCGUGAAAAGUUGUACCAAAGAGAUAUAGAAAAAGCAAUUGAAAUGUCACUAAUAAAUACACCUUAUGACAGAAAGGAUAAUGAUGUUGGACAAAAUGAAAGCAGUCAUAUCAAAAUAAAUAGUGAAGGUAUCGAUGAUGAUGCACGCGACACCUGCGAUGCACGUGACACCUGCGAUAAGAGUAGUGCUAAAGUGAACAAGAUUCAUGACAAUGAUGUCGAAAGUGAUUCCAAUGAAGAGAAAAUUGUGAACCUGAAGAACGGCAAGAAAAUGUCUGGUGGGAGUCAUAUGUUUUCCGGCAUAGACGUUUUAAAGCAUUUUUAUAUUCAAUGA